GGAUCGAUAAUUCUGUAUUAACGAUCUCGCUCUACCUGAGCUGGCAGAACAGGGAUCUACCUGUAUCGACUGCGAUGUGUUAAAGGAUUAUUGUACCGGUAUGAAUUAGCAGCUACAGAUGACUGGUCCCAGCGUACGAGGGGGGAAAUGGUCACUCAGACCGGACAUGUAGUUAGUGUCAAAAUACGAAAAAAAUAAUAACUUUAAAAAAUGACGAACAGAUCAACGCGUGUCCGAAGCGGAAAGAAACGAGGGAUUCGACUUGUGGACUUAGAAUUCCAGAGUGGCGUUCAAGAAAAGGAGAAUAUUGAAAAUGGCAGACGUCCUCAUGGAGGAUAUAACGGCAGCAAGAAACACCCUCUUAGCCCGUACACUUACAACAGAGAUCCGGAAUACAUACGACAAAUACGGGACGAAGUGGAUCGUAGUCACAAAGAAAAGAUUAUUGAAGGUCAUAGGUCACCGAAUUGGGCAAUAGAUACUAGUAGGGAGUCGAACCACAGCGGAGAAUCCCCUUUAUUUGUCCAUGGUCUUCUCAGCUCAAGUAAGUAUGACCAACAUGGACAUCAUCUACAAGAACCUCGACCCGGAUCUCUCGUUAGAGGGCGCUCUGCUCCACCAAAGAGAAGUGGAACUCUCUAUUACCGACCAAACACUACGCACCAGUACCUCUCAGCAACUGAGCUUCACCAAACCUCGCAGUCUUCCGAUGCAACGAACAUUAAAUACGGACGACCCACUCGUACAACGUUACUACGAGCGCGACAAAGAAGCAACUCUGCACCUGUAAAUGCAUACACACAACGACGGGAAAGUGCCAAAAAGAUGGAAAGUACUCAAUAUUCCGCGAUACCAACAUCGAGGGAAUAUAUACCUGCCCGCAAAAGGGAAGAGUCUACGCAUGCGUUUCUGACAGGUGCUCGCUAUAACAGGGCCCACCUUUUAGACUCUAAAGGCCUGUCUGUGUAUGGCGUGUAUAUGCCAAGGAAGAACCCAUUGGCCUGCUUCAUGACUGGGGCUGCUUCCUCCCGUCUGAAAGAAAAGGCUGAAGAGGUUCCGGCACCCCCCGAUACACCACGAUCCGAAGUUUCCGAUACCCACGAUCAAAGCAGUAAACCGGAAUACCACACAAGACCCUCAACAGCUCCAGGCAAAAGGUUACUAUCAGGCAAAAUGGUGACGCCUAGAGAUCGCCCCAAAAGCGCGUGGGGUGACGCAGCAACCUCGUGUGAUAUCAUACAGAACGAAAGUGAGAACUUAGCCAAUGACGAGACGUCUUACAAACAACUGUUCUUAGAUGAUUUAAUACUUACUCCUAACGGUUUGAAUGUUCAAGGCAGUCGAGUCUUGGUUACUUUACGGUCCAGCAGACAAUCUUUGAGGGCGUCCGAGUCGACACUCCCCAGCGUCACCGGAAUAUCCGUCCCCAAAGUCAUAUCUAAGCGACCACGUGACCCUGUUGAAGAAACCUCAUUCGUUAAUCAGCCUCCGCCAACUCCCGUUGGUGGAUUAUCUGUAGUUGAAAGUGAACGAGUACGAAAAGCAUCCUUGUCCGUUAAAGACUCGUCAAUAGGUAGAAUGGAAGAUUGUAAUGGACCUGUGAUUAAAAAACAAAUUAAUGUAGAACUUAUCGAUCAGUCUUUACAACUACAACAAGAGGACGUAGAUGUUGAUGGUCAACCUGAGGAAAAUGAUAACAUUGAGGAAAGUAAACCAAAUGAUCCGAAAAUAAUCAACCCAGAGGAGGAAAACGACAAUAAUGAUAACGUUUCAAACAAUGAUGACGGCGAUGAAAGUGCGAUCAAAGUAUUUAUGACAGAAAAUAACAGUAAAAAUGAAAUUGAAGAUAAACAUGAAAGCCCCGAAAGGAGUGAAACUACAACAAAUGCAGAAAUUGUUCCAUCUACCAAUACUAUUGGAAAUGAGAACAAAAAACACGAACUUAAAAGGAGUGAAAAAGAAAUCUCAAAUGAUUGUGUGAAUGCAGAAAAGGAAAUCGAUCUUAACCAGAACGAUUCGGCUGUAGAGUAGAGAGUUAAUUGGUACAAUUUUAAAAUGUGAUAUAUAAAUACAAGAAUAUUUAUUUCCCAUAAAUGAGUAUCUACCGACUUAACGUUAAAAUUCGGUAUAUGUACUUUUUGGACGGGAAAAUCAAAAGCCAUUUUCGAUUUGUGUACAAUAGCUUACUAAAAAGUUAAUAAAAUGUACAAUUUAGGGAAAUCAAAUUUUGAUUGAUUCUAAUAUAGGGAGAGGUUAACUAAUUUCCAUUUUAUUUCAUUAAUUACUAAUUCAAACAAAAUUCUAAUGUAUAGCAUAAAUCAUCAUAGUUUGCGUCACUUUAACAUUUCUUUAAAAGUAUAACAUUCAAAAAGCAACAUAAAAAUUUCAAAAAGGGAGACUACUGUCUUAUUACUGGAACAUAUUGUCGCCCUUCUAUCACUUGAUGCUAGCCGUUCCGUAGAAUUAUCGCCAGGAUAGGAAUGUUCUGAACUCUGUUACCUUACCAGCAUGUUUAGUGAAGGCAAGAUAAUGGGUCUUAGAAAUAAGUGAAAGGCAAGCAAUGUCUAGUUAACUUUCGUAAAGACAUCGUUAUUGUCGAUAUUUAUUCUUUGAUAUGAUUUGUUGAUAGUUUGUUGCCUAAGAAAGAGAUGUGAGUAACGUUUUCCUAUUUGUUUACCGAUAUAUAUAUUAGAAAAAGAAGUUGUUGAUGUAAGGUCAUGAAUAAAUGUCAUGACCCAAUUAAAUAUAUCACGAGAAUAAUUUAUUG